AUGGCGGCGCCGCUUCCGAAGUGCCUCACGUUCUGGCAGCUCAUCCCGCUAGGAGUGGGGUCGACCAUAGGCGCGGGAGUGUACGUUCUCAUUGGCACAGUGGCACGGGAGAAGGCCGGACCGGCGCUGCCCGUCUCCUUCCUCAUAGCAGGCGUGGCGGCGGGCUUGGCUGCUCUCUGCUACGCUGAGCUCGCCAGUCGCUGCCCGUCCGCUGGGAGUGCCUAUCACUACGCGUACACGACUGUUGGGGAAGUGGUGGCAUGGCUCAUCGGCUGGGCGCUCAUUCUCGAGUACACCGUGGGUGGAGCAGCAGUGGCUCGAGGCAUUUCACCGAACCUGGCAACGGCGUUGGGAGGGGCGGACAGCUUGCCAUUCAUCCUUGCCCGCCUUCCUGUCCCAGGCACCACUGUAGUGUUGGAUCCGUGCGCUGCCCUCAUGGUGGCUGCGGUGACGGCACUGCUGUCUGCCGGCAUUAAAGAGAGCGCCAAUUUCCAGAUGGGUAUGACAAUAGCAAAUGUGAUAAUACUGCUGUUUGUGGCAGUGGCAGGGGCAUGGAUAGGGUUUACCUACGGAUGGCCGGGGUACAAGGAGUCUCCAAGCUAUCUACCAUUCGGAGUGUCGGGAUUGCUGGGGGGAGCUGCAAUGGCAUUUUUCUCGUACAUUGGGUUCGACACCGUAGCCAGCACAGCAGAAGAGGUGAAGCACCCUCAGCGCGACCUGCCUUUGGGGAUAGGCCUGUCCCUUACCUGCUGUGGCGCUCUCUACAUGGUGAUAGCAGCGGUGCUGGUGGGGCUGACUCCGUUUGACUGCAUUGACCCGGACACACCCAUGGCUCAGGCGUUUGACACCUACCAUUUGGAUUGGGCCAAGUACCUUGUGACAGGGGGUGCGCUCGCAGCUCUCUCCACCACUCUCCUCGGAUCCCUGCUGCCCCAGCCGCGCAUACUCAUGGUCAUGGCUCGCGACGGCCUCCUCCCAGCUUGGUUUGGCCGCAUCGACAAGGCCACGGGCGUACCUCAGAACGCGACAGCUGUCACCGGGCUAUUGGCCGCCGCCAUGGCGUUCGUGCUGGAUAUCGGGCAGCUGUCAGGCAUGCAUAGCUCGCAUGGGCUAUUGGCCGCCGCCAUGGCGUUUGUGCUGGAUAUCGGGCAGCUGUCAGGCAUGGUGGGUUGGAAGGGGGUGGUGGGAGAGGGGGCGGGAGGGGGGCUAAGUGGGACCAUGGUGAGGAGGGGGGCGUCAGUGUGGGCACUCUCCUCGCCUUCACAACUGUCAGCCUCUCACUCCUCAUCCUUCUUUGAUCUAAACUCUUUCUCCCAUCCUCCUCCACUCACUUUCGCCUCCAUUCCUCCUCUCUCCCUGUCUGCCUCCCCCAUGCCCACACCAGCCUAUACCUUCUCUCCCCCCACUCGACCCCAGUAUAUAACAUCCUCCCUUCCAACUGCCGCCGCAGGGGUGGGUUUUUUUGUCUCUUCCCCGCUCCCGGUCGGCCAAUCCAGUGUGUUCAGGCACAUGGGCUCGCCGGACAGCCUGGGUACAUCUCCGGCCGUUGAAAUCCGAUCCAACGGCCAGCUGCAGUCCGUGUUUUCCCUCACGCCCAACUCGUUUCAAGCACCACUGCUGGCUCGAUUGCUUGAAGAGAGGGCGGAAGAGGGGGAGGGGGAGGAGGGAGGGGAUGAGGAGGAGAGGGAGGACGGAAGAGGGGAGGAGGAGGAGGAGAGUGAGGAAGAGGGAGGGGAUGAGGAAGGGGAGGAGGUGGGAGGGGAAGAGCGAGAAGAGGAGAAGCAGCACCAUACAGCAAACCUUUCCACCGAAUACAAUGCCACAGUACCGAGGGGAAUGGGUGAUGAAGCUGCCGUUGACAUUGCCACUGGGGGCAACACUCUAGGAGUCAGGAAACAGGAUUCUGCUCACCCCACUGCUAUCACACCUACUACAGUCACUGCUACAGCCACACCUGCUGUGACAGGUCCUGCUACAGCCGCUACAGCUGCUACAGCCGCCACUGCACCCACAUCCCACAGACGCCUGGCCUCUCGAGCCAUCGUUGCUGUCUCGCUGGGAGCCCCACUCCUUGGGGUGGCCGCUGCUGCUGCUGCGGAUUCUGCUGACCUCCCCAGUACAGCAAAUUGGCUUCCUCUCCUACUAUUCUCUCUGGGUGGUGCACUGUUCCUCGGGGGGGCAGCAACGUUUGGAUGUAUCAAUGAGGACGAAGGAAGGCACCAGUUCGGAUCAGCAGGAGGGUUCCACUGUCCCUGGGUGCCAUGGCUUCCCCUUGCCAGCAUCCUUGUCAACGUCUAUCUCAUGGCCAAUUUAGGCAUCCUGGUCAACGUGUAUCUCAUGGCCAAUUUAGGUCGACCCAAAACUAGCCACAGUGCUGUCGGGCAAGCCCCCGCGCUGGGCCCUCUUACGUCUCUCGCCUUCCUCCCGCCCCUCGCUCUCCUUCCCCCCCACUCCCUACCAUCCAGUGCGACCACGUGGCUCUACUCCUCCUCGUGGCUCGCUAUAGGAGCACUCGUUUACCUCGCAUAUAGAAUCCGCCACAGUGCUCUGGGGCAGGCCCACACGCCGGGCCCUCUUUCAUCUCCCCUUCCUCUCAAUCACCUUCCCCUGUCGUUCCCCAACUCCCCUGUCUCUUCCCACCUCCCAGUGCCACCACGAGUGGGUGGUGCAGCAGACCGGCAGGCAGGCAGGGAGAGAGGCGCGAGCGGGAUCAAGGCAUGUGGCUGUGAGGUUGCACAAGAGGAUCGGUGUGAGGGGAGAGUAGUGGAGGAGGGGAGAGUAGUGGAGGAGGGUAGUGGAGGAGGGGAGAGUAGUGGAGGGGAACUCGUGCAAGGGGAGGGAAGGGAAGCAGCGGAGUGGUGA